GCAAUAAAAAUAGCAAAGCCACGACGCCACUGCUCUCGGGCCUCGUCUCUCUCGUGUCUCGCCCGCUAGCUCCCCCCACCCCGCCUGCCUGCCCCAACCUGCCCCCUCUCCGCUCCGCUCCCCGCGCGGCGCCAGAUCUGCGGCGGCGGCCGGUUGGACGCCACGCCGCGCGUGCCGUGAGGCGGAUCCUGCCCGGCCGUGCCAGCCAGGUGAUGAGAGCGUAGGCGGGCGGCGGACGAACGCGCGCGCCCCCUGGCCCCCCCUCCGAGAAAAUGGCGAUGAUGGUGGAUCCCCCCAAUGGCAUGGCGAGUCAAGGAAAGCAUUACUAUACUAUGUGGCAGACACUAUUUGAGAUCGACACCAAGUAUGUGCCAAUCAAGCCCAUUGGAAGAGGAGCUUACGGGAUCGUUUGCUCAUCUGUUAACCGUGAGACUAAUGAAAAAGUAGCAAUAAAAAAGAUAAACAACGUCUUUGACAACCGUGUGGAUGCGCUGAGGACACUGAGGGAACUGAAACUUCUUCGGCACCUAAGGCAUGAGAAUGUUAUUGCUCUCAAGGAUAUAAUGAUGCCAGCGCAUAGAAGGAGCUUCAAGGACGUUUACUUGGUUUAUGAGCUCAUGGACACUGAUCUGCAUCAAAUAAUUAAGUCAUCUCAACCACUUUCCAAUGAUCACUGCCAGUAUUUCCUUUUUCAGCUGCUCCGAGGCCUCAAGUACCUUCAUUCAGCUGGAAUACUCCAUAGAGACCUAAAGCCAGGGAAUCUCCUGGUUAAUGCAAAUUGUGAUUUGAAGAUAUGUGAUUUUGGGCUUGCCCGCACAAACAACACCAAAGGUCAGUUUAUGACAGAAUAUGUUGUCACCCGCUGGUACAGGGCCCCUGAGCUGCUGCUAUGCUGUGACAACUACGGUACCUCCAUAGAUGUCUGGUCAGUUGGCUGCAUAUUUGCAGAGCUACUUGGCCGCAAGCCGAUUUUUCCAGGAACUGAGUGCCUCAAUCAACUCAAGCUCAUUGUCAAUGUUCUUGGCACCAUGAGCGAGGCUGACCUUGAGUUCAUUGACAACCCAAAAGCCCGCAAGUAUAUCAAGUCUCUUCCAUACACCCCAGGCAUUCCCCUCACCAGCAUGUACCCACAAGCACACCCUCUUGCCAUCGAUCUGUUGCAGAAGAUGCUUGUCUUUGAUCCCUCCAAAAGAAUUAGUGUCACCGAGGCUCUAGAGCACCCGUACAUGUCUCCGCUCUAUGAUCCAAGUGCAAACCCUCCUGCUCAGGUGCCAAUUGAUCUUGACAUAGAUGAAAAUCUCGGCGUAGACAUGAUCCGGGAAAUGAUGUGGCAGGAGAUGAUCCACUACCAUCCCGAGGUCCUCACAAGAAUGACCAUGUGACAGGCAGCGAUGAACAUGUGGCAGAGGUCUGCUGUACCAGGAUUAUAACAUGUUCGCCUUUUUUAUGAGCUUACUGUGAUUACGGCAGAGAGUCAAGUUAUCACUAUAUGUAUCAGACUGUCAGGUGAUCUCUUUUGUAAAUAUGCGCUCAAUAAGAUGUGUGGCAAUCUCUUGUUUUUGUAGUACAUGGACUACGUUGUUGUAUGAGUAUGUGAAGUGGAACUCGGUACUUAAGACUUGUAAUUUUAGACCCUAAUCUGUUGUAUGGAAAUCUCAAGGCCUUGAUUCCAUGUUUUGGUUUC